AUGAGCUUGGCCAAGAUGCGCAGCGUGUUGGAGGAGGCGAACAAGCGUCGGCAGCGAGGAUGGAGCGGCUCGCAGUGCAGCGCCAACAGCGACUUUAACCCCGCUUCGUCCCUUUCAACAGAGCAGAGCGAGGACUUCGACGUCGAGAGCGGCCUAAAACCCCCAUCCGACGCCGAAAUGCUCGAGCGAGCUCGAGAUGUUCACAUGAACGUCGACUUCGUAGCGUUAGCAGCUGGACCGGAGCGCGGUGGGCCCUGGCAGCGCGUGGAAGCUGCCGACCGCUUUGUCGUCUUCAAACGGCCGUCCACUGCUGAGGUUUUGAACGGCAACCGCAUUCCGGGGCUGGAGGUCUUGUGCGCUGGUCGUCUUGACGCAAGUCUGGAGGAAGUGGCGAGUGCUCUGCGCUCCAACUCAGAGGUGGAUCUAGCGAGCACCAUGCAGGGGCUGCACAAGAAGAGCUUCAUCUUCGGAUCACUGGAUCGGGACGUACCUUGUGCCGACGAGACGCCCAUAAACCAGGGAAAUCAGAAUGAAGACUCGAAUCUCCACGCCAACGAACAGCUCAGCGUCAAGACCAGCAGCUUCACGCGCACCAGCCUCUUCUCGCGCAACGAGCAGUGGUGCUUCUCCGACUUUUUCCAGCGCAAGAAGGAGAGAGAUGGCUUUACUAUCUCUCAGCGUGCGCUGCCUCCAUUUGAACGAACUCCAGGGCGCGUGGUGGGGAAUAACGCGCGUGUCGACCAGCUUCACGGCUUGAACGCGUCGUACCUGGUGGAUCAGCUCCCGAAUCGGAAGGGGCUACGCGUAGUCUACAACGCGUGGUUCGAGGACCCUGUAAUGGGUAUUGAGGCGUCAAGUACAAGCACCAUGUCCAGUCGUACUAGCAGUCGACGAAGGAGGUCUGGAUUGAGCGUAGUGUCUUCUACUUCGAGCAAUGGCAGCAUCGGAGAGACCACCACAGACAGCAAAGCUCAGCUCCGUCGUCUACUGUCGCUAGCCCACGGCAUGACAAAACUCCCCGAUCUCAUCCGCCGACGCCGAUUUGGGGUCCAAGUGCCCGUGGACUUCGACGCCGUUCAAGCGGGUAACACACGCUGCCCAUGCUGCACGCACAGCUUAGCCCCCGUCAAGAUGUCGCUGUCAUUAGCUGCGUCAGCCAUUACCAAGCGAAGCUUGCGGUCUCUCAGGAUGGACACCAGACGAUGUUAUCUGUGUGGAUACCUCGUUUGUAUCGACUGCUGGAGCGCCGAGUACAUGGAGAGCACCGUAGGCCGUGUAGCGGCCAUUGUAGUCUGUACGCGGUGUCGCGCCGCGGUGAAAGCUUGCGAUUAUUCAGAAGUGUGCGCUCCGGACAACACCAGCAACCACCGAGGACCUGUGAAGGUCGUGGACGACGAGCCUGAUGCUUCGUCCGCUUCACUCCUCACCGACUUCCUCUCCGCCUCGUUGAUGAAUGCGUCGGCUGAAGGCGCUGACCGAGCUGCCGUCCUCUCGGUCGUUAGACUUCUGCUCCGACAGAGCGAAUCCACCGAUAGUGAGAGCGACGACAGUGACAACGACUGUGACUACGACAGCGGUUACGAUGAAGACAACAACGCCGCCGUGAAGGAGCUCGAGCAGUACUUGGGUGACUCGAAUCAAUUGCCGGAGCUCGAGUCCUGCGUCUUGGCUAGCGCUGAGCGACGGGAGUACGUGAUCCAUCCUCCGGAUGACCCGACGACCAUGGUGCCGUCCAGUGUGAUCCCCAGCCACGACGACAUCCGCCUCCAGGUGGCAAACGAUAAGGGUUUACUGCUGCUCGCGUAUCAAUUGGCGCCAUUGGAUCUCACUCCUGGGAUGUCCUUCCACGACGCGUGCGACGUCCGCGACCUCAAUCUGCUGUGCCAACUGGCUAUACGUGCUACAGGAUGCACCGACGCGUUCGUGACAGUCAUGGGGCUCAAUCACAACCAUAUUUUGGCAGCUACGAAUCCGGGUUUCCACCACGCCGCCGUUCCGCGAGAGCAGACGAUCUGCCAGCACACCAUCAUGACUACGAGGCCCUUUGUGGCGACACACCCAGAAGCGGACGUCCGCUUCCACGAGAUCGCAGCAGUUAAGGCGCUGUCGAUUAGACAUUACAUCGGUUUUCCCGUCACGGUGCCAGUAGCGGCUAAGAACGGAUACUCCGAGCCAGAAGUACCUGUGGGAACGUUGUGCUGCAUUGACUCAACCGCGCGCGCCGAGCUCACGCGCUCACAGUACGCCACAAUGAAGCGGCUUACAGAGACCGCGUCCAGGCUCAUCCAGAUGAAAGGCCGACAACUCCAACAGCAGCUAGCACAGAACGUAUCCAUAGCUGCUUGA